CCGCGCCCAGCUCAGGUCUGGGAUUAUUAGCGCUGGCCUCUCUACCCUCUCUGCUUUCCUGCGGACGGCUGGAGGACAGAGUAACAAGACCCGGCUCUAGCGCCAUCCUCCGAGAAAGGACUGCGGGUGGGUGAAAAAUCCUUGCAAGGCGGUUGCGCUCAGGGUCUAGUACCCAGACUGGGGGAGGGACGAGUUCUCCCUGACCUGGAGGUUUAUGCAGCAAACUGCUCUCUCAUGCUUCCCUAUUAAGCAUCGCAGCUGCACGCUCUUUCCACUCAGCUGAGGCCACUGCAGCGUCUCCUCCCCUCCUGCCCCACCCGCUAGUUCAGACUCUAGAGCCCCACUGCAGCUUCGCAACCAUCCUUCCUUUUCUUCUCCACUUCCUGGUUGCCAUGGAGAUACACGUCAUUUACGUGCCGUGCGUCGCCUUGGAAACAGAGGAGCAUCCGCGGCGCCGCUGGGAGACCCGCCCCUGCCACUCCAACCACACUCGCGGGCGCUGCCCGUUAAUGGCCGGCGGUAGUCCGGAGCGGUACCCACUGCUGGUACCCACUGCUGGCCCCCACCCGGACCCCUCCGCGAGAGCUUCUGUGACCCAGAGAACCCGCGGGCACUUGCAGCUCGUGGCGCCCGGAGGGAGGCGCUGACACGGGCUCAAUUCAGGAGGCUAGGCGGGUCUGGGCGCUUUCGCCCCGGGGCAAGCCGGAGAGUCGCCGACUUGGGACUCUUCGCCGGGUCCUCGUCCCGCCGGCUCUUCCCGGCCUCCCCCGAUCCUGCCCGCGCCCUCCGCCCGGGACUCAUCUUCUCACGUCGGCUCCCCGCCCCUCUCGGGAGCCUCCUUUUCCCUCGGCUCCUCCCCGCCCCUCCGGGGACCUGUCCCCCAUCCCUGUCCCUCCCCCCACCCCGGAGGCCGGGCUGGACCGGACCCAGAGCCGCCACCGCCCGCUUCUGCCAUUCAAUGGAGGACGGUCCGCUGGAGAUCAUGACCAAGGACGGCGGCGACAUGCCGGCACCUUUGGAGGUGUCCACCGUGCCGGCCGUGGGGGACGUGAUCUCCGGAGAGUACAACGGCGGCAUGAAGGAACUGAUGGAGCACCUGAAGGCCCAGCUGCAGGCCCUGUUUGAGGACGUGAGGGCCAUGCGGGGGGCCCUGGACGAGCAGGCCUCGCACAUCCAGGUGCUCUCGGACGACGUGUGCGCCAACCAGCGGGCCAUCGUCUCCAUGUGCCAGAUUAUGACCACGGCGCCCCGCCAGGGCGGUCUGGGCGUGGUCGGCGGCAAGGGGAGCUUCCGGGGUGCCCCCCAAGAGCCGGAGACCCCUUCGCCUGGGAUCGGGGACAGCGGUUUGCUGGGUCGCGAUCCUGAGGACGAGGACGACGAUGAAGAGAAGGAGAUGCCCAGCUCCGCCACACCCACUAGUCACUGUGAGCGCCCCGAGAGCCCCUGUGCUGGUCUCCUUGGGGGGGACGGGCCACUUGUGGAGCCCCUCGAUCUGCCCGACAUUACCCUGCUGCAGCUGGAGGGCGAGGCCUCUCUGUGAGGGGACUCCGAGGGGCACUACUUUCCUGGGCUGGCUUUGGGUUUCCGAGUGCAUGACGCGAGGGGACUGAACGGUGCGGUGCAGCAUGCUUCACUCCGACUGCUGCUCUUGUGGGUCAGGCAGAGUGACUCCCUCGAGGAAGGAUUUAUAGGGUGAAGGACUUUGGGAGCAUCAAGAAUUCUUUCUGCCUAUCUAAGGGAGACAAAAGCAAGCUGCGGAAAGGUGAGGUUCCGGGAGAGGAAGCGCCCAUCUCUGGACUCCCAUCCAUCCCCUACCCUGCCCAUUCCCCCUCCCCAGCCAACAGGAGAACCCCUGAAUUGUGUAAAUAAAAUUCUGCUUUUUCUAUUCUGAAAAAG